UUCCACACGGACUCUGUAUGUGACGAACCGGCAAGCUGUCAAAAAUGAGCAUUUAUGCGAUUUUAGCGAAUUUGUGAAUAUUUUUACUCCAUGGUUAAUGAGCUCAGGAAUGAUUACAUCGCGAGAUCUCGUAAUCCCAUCGUAGUUAACUUUCACAAGUGUUUAAACAUUAAAGCGUUUUCUCUGUGUUUGAAUUAAUAUGGAGAGGUUUGAGCUUUAUAUCUUCACAUCUCUGUGCAGCAUUAACUUCCUUAUAUCAUGCAUUUUGUUCUCCAAAAUCACACGGGAACAGAGAGAUCCUUACAUGGAUGAGAUAUUUCAUGUCCCUCAAGCCCAGAAGUACUGUGAAGGAAAGUUUAACGAGUGGGAUCCAAUGAUUACCACUCUCCCUGGUUUAUAUCUGGCAUCGGUGGGUCUGAUCAAGCCUGCGGUGUGGCUGUGUGAUCUGAAGGGCAAGGCGGUCUGCUCCACUGCCAUGCUGAGAUUUAUCAAUCUGCUAUUCAACAGUGGGAAUCUGUAUAUCAUCUAUCUGAUCAUCAGCAGACUGCACCCCAAAGAUAAGUCCCGCUCCGCAGUCCGCAGAAUGCUGUCUUCCUACACACUGUCCACAUUUCCUGUGCUCUACUUCUUCACAUUCCUGUAUUACACUGAUGCCGGAUCUACGUUCUUCACAUUGUUCAUGUACCUUAUGGCGCUGUACGGAUCCCAUAAAGCAGCAGCGCUGCUCGGCAUUUGUGCCAUCCUCUUUCGGCAGACCAACAUCAUCUGGGUGGCGUUCUGCGCUGGAACCGUGGUGGUCCAAAUAAUGGACGAAAGCUGGCGAACUGAACAGUCAAAAAAGCGAGAUGAGAAAUCCCUCUCCCAGGUCCCCAUGACCAUCGGUGGGGCGAUGAGAGUGAUACGUUUUCUGUUGGAUUUUGUCAAAACGGCUGCCAACAUAAAAGCCGUGGUCUUGUCAACCUGGCCGUAUAUAAUCAUAGCUGUCGGUUUUGUGAUAUUCACGGUGCUAAACGAUGGUAUUGUGGUCGGAGAUAGAAGCAGUCAUGAAGCUUGCCUAAACUUUCCACAGAUUUUCUAUUUCCUGUCAUUCACUCUCGUAUUUUCUCUUCCUAUCUCUCUGAGUUACCAAAAGGUAGUCAGGUUUUUUCAGUCUGUACGCAAGCAACCCUUGAUUUAUCUCAUACUUGUGAGCGUCUUUUUGAUUUUGGUUUGGAGAUUCACAUUUGUUCACAAAUACCUGCUCGCAGACAACAGACAUUUUCCGUUCUAUGUAUGGAAUAGGAUUUUCCAGAGACAUGACCUCGUUCGUUUCCUUCUGGUCCCUGGAUACGUGUUUGCGGUCUGGAACUUUUUCGAUACUUUAAGGUACAAGUCAUUGUUUUGGUAUAUGGCGUUCUGCGUGUGUGUGGUGCUGGCCACCGUCCCACAGAAACUUCUGGAGUUUCGAUACUUCAUUAUUCCCUAUCUGUUAUAUCGUGUACAUGUCCCUCUUCCAUCUCUGCUCAGACUGUUACUCGAGUUUGGCCUUUACACUGCAGUUAAUGCAGCUACGAUCUAUAUAUUCAUCUAUAAAACCUUCCAGUGGCCCGACAGUACCGAUACACAGAGAUUUAUGUGGUGACUCGACUGCAACAAUAAAUGAAACCUAUUUUCACAUUUUCUAUCCACAAAA